GUUGGUGUAACCACGCCAUUCCCGACAUCAGAAGUAAAAUUCUCCCCUCCAAAAUCGGCACCAUCUGUCGCCAUCCUCACUCUAGAUCCUAGCCUACUAGUACUACUAGUACUCCUCCUACAAACUAGGCCGGCCUAGCUCUUACACCGCACCGGGCUCGGUUUUGUUGAUUAAUUGUCACUGGUUGCUUCCUUAGAAAACCUGUUUAAAUUCCGUAGGACACCAGCGAAUCCUGACCUUUGACACAAUUCAAGAUGGCGACCUCCAUGCCAGAACCGAUUUUUUUAUUUGGUGAAUCGUAGAUUUUGAAGGUUUCAAGUGAAUUGUCCAGCUUCAGAAAUCAGCAGACAUUGGUUAACACAUGACAUAGAUGAUUUAGACUACAUUAGGAUUUAGAAAAGAAAAAAAAGAAGAAAUUAAGAAGACAGUAUUUUUGUUAACUGUUCUCACCACAAGUGAACACACACACAUAAAACAAAAACUUCAGCGAAGAUUUCCUGCUGGAACAUUGAUCAAAGAAAUCAACACCAAAGAUGACGACAGCGGCAAGACCAACCUUUGACCCGGCCAGGGGAGGUCGGGGCAAAGGUGAGGGUGGUGACCUUAGCGCUAUGUCCAAGCAGUACUCCAGUCGAGAUCUGCCUGCCCACACCAAACUCAAGUACAGGCAAAGCGGGCAGGAAACAGUGGACGAAGUGAGCCGUCGCGACAUGCGCAAAGAGCUGGAGGAGAGGGAACGAGCCGCGGCCAGAGAGAAGAGGGGAGAUCGGGGCAACAGGGAAUCAUCCAGCAACAGCAGCAGUAGUAGCAGCGCCAAAAGACCUCGCAUUGAGCAGAUCCCAGCGGCUAAUUUGGACGCUGACGAUCCGAUCGAUAAAGAUGACGAUGAUGAUAGUGACGACUCGGAUAGUGAUGAUGACACCGCUGAUCUCCUUGCUGAACUCAACAAGAUUAAGAAAGAGCGAGCCUUAGAACAGACCCGAAAGGAACAAGAAAAGAAACUUGAAGAGGAGAAGAUCCGAACGGAGAACAUUUUGAGUGGCAACCCGCUGAUGGCGAAUUCCAACAAGAGUGACUUCAAAGUCUCCAAAAGAUGGGAUGACGAUGUUGUUUUCAAGAACUGCGCGAGAGGUGAGGACGACAAGAAGGAAAAACCAUUCAUCAACGAUACGCUUCGUUCUGAAUUCCACAAGAGAUUCAUGGACAAGUACAUCCACUGACAGGGCCAAUCCAAUCUGUUCUAUAAAUCUUUAAGGUGCAUUUUUUUUGGGGGGGGGUGGGGUUGGGUGGUCAGGGCCCGCAUUUAAUGGGAGUGGAUCUGUAGUUUUUGUCCAGUACCAUCUCACACUGGACUGUUAAGCAUUUAGUCAUAAGCCCCGCCCAUCUUUGGUUUAUGUAGAUUUCUCAGAGUGCUUGUGACCAAUUGUGACCAAUUGUGACUGAGCUACCUCGGUCACGUGACCAAGUCUUGAUGUCAUUGGUCAAUGGGAACUAUUUGAUUGGCGGCCAGGAAGGGUCCGUUUGGGUUGUCAAAGGUAGGGUAGAUCAUUUGUCAUUUGUGCAUUUUUUUCGUUUGAAGCAAUAAUGUGCGCAAAAUCUAAAGACGGGUGCUGGACAACUAACCUGAUGAAGUUUUAGCUGUGUGAAUGCUGUAUAUUCCGAGAAAACAAUAUUCUAGGAUCUCGGUUUCAAUUCAAAAGUUGCCGAGUCAUGUUUUGAAUUGCGCCCGAAAUUGGCAUUCGAGACACAUUCUCAUUCAGCCGAUUCCAGCUAAGCGAUGUCAAGCACUGCCCUGACGAAUAGUAGCAACUGUGCGCGCAUGUGCGUCGUGUCAACGAUUGUGCACACCCGUUCAAGGAGUCGCCCAAGUACAACCCAACUACUAAUGGAAAUUUCCAACGAUGGGUCUGUAGACGCAUCGUUGGAAAGGCCUUCUUUCAUUGUUUAGUGCCACUACUAUCUUUAAACCAAGUAUGCUUUUCAACAAUAAUUUGGUCAGUUACUUUUUAAGUCUUAAACUGUCAAUAUUUGUCGAUAUUUUCUGUGGAAUGGUUAAAUAAUUCUACUUUUUAGAUCAUUCCUAAAAACAGUGUUUGUAUUUCUUCAGAUUUUUUUCCUAGGUAGUGAGUAGAUUACUGUAACAUGUUUGUCGUCUUGUGAUAUUUUUUGUUUUUGUUUUGUUUGUUAUUUGUGACCAAGCUGGAUGUGUCAAUGUGUGUAAAUACAACAGUAUUUCAAGUA